AUCUCCACCCAAGACAUAUCUGCCUGGUUGCAUGCUCCAUCAUCACCUGGACAAGCAGAGUGAGGAGAGCUGGCAGCACCAGAGGCUGAGCCAUGGGCUGGUUGCUCAGCUCCUUACUGGGGACCACCUUUCCCUGGGGGGAGUGGAAGGGCUGCUAGCUCCUCCACCUCAGCCCUCCAGGAGGAGAAUACCAGUGGCUGUAGCCCCUUGGAUGUCCUCGUGGCAUCUCAUUUCUCCAGGCACAGGGACUUUGUAGGGGGCUUUUGCAGGUCACUUCUGGUUUUCAUCUCCUGUCGAUCAGAGAAGCUGGUUCUUUUCAUCUCUUUCCAUUUGAAUUUGAGUUUUGGGGUUUUGUGGACCCCUUUUACCAGAGGAAGUGAAGAGGACACUCCAAAUGUCAUCAAGUAAAUCUCUUGACACUUGAGCAAUGCUCUUUUCACCAGAAGUGCAGCAUGGUGGAAAAUAGCCUGGGCUGCUUCCUGCACUGCAUGUGUGGGUGCAACUGCUUUGUGCUGCCAUGCAGCUCACCCCUGCUCUGUCUGCCCCUCACCCCUGGGUGCUCUGCCACGCACCCUGUAGCUUUGGUGGUUUGCAGAAGUGCUCCUGGUUUUUUCCUAUGCCACCAUUGUUGCCAUGCUCCAGUCACCAGCCUUUGGGUGACUGCACUGGAGAGACACAUGGAAGGAACAAGACAGUGGUAUCAGCAGGGCCAGAAUUUCCCAGGAGAGAUUUCAGUUCAAGCCUGGGAGAAGAGAUGUAUCCUUUGCAUCCAAGGGUGCUGCCUGGGCUCUCACAUGCAAGCAGGAGCUGUGACUUUUCAUGGGACAAGGGUUAGCACCUGCUGUACCCGCACCUCGGGGUGGGCAGGCUGCAGGUGCAGACCAUGCUGCCAGGUGGGAAUUGUGGCAACACAGUCGUUGGAGCACGGCAGCUGCCUGGGCAUCUUUCCAACAUCCCUGCCCUCUGUUCCCCCUACCCUCUCAGGAGGGCAUGGGCAUUGCUGGGGGUAUCUGGGCCACCCUUGCUGAGUUGUCCAUCUGUGUUUUCUCUGGUGGGCUCAUCCAGUAACAGCUGUGCUCUGUGCUGCGGACCCACUCCCAUGCUGCCUGCUUAGGCAACAUGUGGGGAGCUCUUCUGUGUGCUGUCACAUGGAAGGUACCAGGACAUGGUUUGCCUCUUGGCCUGCCAGGACAGGAGCCUGGGAGCCUCUCUGCUGUUUCCACAGCUCCCUCUCAUCUUGGUACUGGGCAGGAGCGCUCUGUGCUGAUGGUAAGGCAGAUGGGCUGCUCCAUUCAGAAAUGUAUUUUGUGUCAUGUUUCUCCUGAUCUGGUCUUGCACCACUACAAGAAACAUCAUUCCUGGUUUGCCCUCUGCUUCCACUCACCCUGCAGAGCCUUCUCCCAGAGAGAGACCAACCUGUGUGUCUUGUAGCCCAUCCUCCGUGUGGCACUGAGCAGUGCUCUGCCUGAUAGCCAUGAGUGUCCCUCUGGCAGCACCAAGCUGGGAGAGGGCUCUCUGCCCCUUGCAGAGCCUGAGCUUGGCUGAGGUGUGCUGCUGCAGCAGGGACUGCUCUGAGAGGAGCUAAGCAGAGCGUGUUUCCUGCAGGUAGUGAAGAUGUCCAGCAGUGACCCCGAGUGCCCCCAGUUCCUCUUUGUGAAGGUGCUGGCAAGCCGAGGGCGGCUGGAGGCGGUGACCCAGCAGAUGGGCUACCACCCACAGUACCUUGACAGCUUCCUCAAGACGCAGCACUACCUGAUGCACAUGGAUGGCCCCCUGCCCUUUGACUGCCGGCACUACAUCGCCAUCAUGGCAGCGGCCCGGCACCAGUGCCGGUACCUGGUGAACCUGCACGUGCUGCAGUUCCUGCGGGCAGGGGGUGACCCCCAGUGGCUGCGCGGCCUCGAAUUCAUCCCCCCCAAACUGCGCAACCUCAACGAGAUCAACAAGAUCUUGGCACACCGGCCAUGGCUCAUCACCAAGGAGCACAUUGAGAAGCUGCUGAAGAUCAGCGAGUGGAGCUGGUCUCUGGCGGAGCUGGUGCAUGCCGUCGUCCUGCUGGCACACUGCCACGCACUUGCCAGCUUUGUCUUCGGCUGUGGCUGCGAGCAGGAUGAGGGGCUGGGGGGCCGAGGCUCACUGAAGCCACUGUCACUCGGGAACCAGUGCUUCUGCGAGGCCACUGCUGGCAACAGCUGCAGCCAGGAGCUGCUGCGCAUCAACCGCAAGCGGUCCCUGGACUCCUGCAUGGAGCUGGAUUCCCUCCGGGAGCGCAUGCAGCGGAUCCAUGUGGAGACUGAGGGCAGGGACGAGAUGAGGCUGCUGCAGCAGGACCGAGAGGAAGGGCUCUCCCCUCUUGCAGAUACUGAUGGGGAAGUCACCGGUGCCACCAACCUUGCAUGCUACAUGCAGGACCCUGACUUUGGAUACCAAGACUUUGCCCGGCGCGAUGAGGAUCAGACGCAGGUAUUCAGAGUCCAGGAUUACUCCUGGGAAGACCAUGGCUUUUCACUGGUCAACCGGCUCUACUCUGACAUUGGGCAUCUCCUGGAUGAGAAGUUUAGAAUGGUGGAUGGUCUGCAAAGCAGUGCCAUGGCCAAGCGACAGGGCUGUGAACCCUCUGUUUUCAAGCGGGGCAUCUGGAACUACAUCCACUGCAUGUUUGGCAUUAGGUACGAUGAUUAUGACUAUGCAGAAGUGAAUCAGCUCCUGGAGCGAAUACUUAAAGUUUACAUUAAAACUGUAACCUGCUACCCAGAGAAGACAAACUCAGAAAUGUUUGACAGGUUCUGGAAGCAGUUCAAGCACAGUGAAAAGGUCCACGUGAACCUGCUCAUCCUGGAAGCCAGGAUGCAGGCAGAGCUGCUGUAUGCGCUGCAGGCCAUCACCCAGUACAUGAUCUCCUAGACGGUGGGAGCCGCGCUGCAGCAGGGCGGGGCAGCCUCCUGUCUCCCUGAACUCAUGUGGGACCCAUCAUGCUGGGACCGACGGCGAGGGAUUUCUUGAUUUAGUUUACUUGACUGUAUUGUUCCUUUUUGUUGGUUCCCCCCGCCUUGUGGGGGUCACUGAGUGGCCCUGUUACGUGCAAUUACCAAACUGUGAGGCAAAUCCGUGCUGCUGAGAUGCUGGAGACUUGAACGUGUCCAAGGAGGACUGCCAAAAACAUGGGGGAGAGGGAAGUGGGAGGGGAUUAGAGGGAUGCUCCUUGCCUGGGUGCUGUGGGAGCCUCGGUGGCACAGGGGGGGCAGAAAGGAGAACUGGCUUCCUUCCCUGUGCUGCAGGGGCUGCACUGCUUGCAAAGCCACCCUUGGGCACCUGUCCUCAUCGGGGUGGUGUCUCUCACUUGGGAACAGUGCGGGCAGCGUGUGGGAGUGUUGCAAUGUUCUGAGUUGCAGGGUUAGGUUGCAAGAAGCGCUGGCUCCUAGCAGGGGCCCUUCCCCAGGACAGCGAGGGGAUGCACUUGUUGCCUGUGUGUUAUGUCCUUUAGGUCUGUGUGCCAAACCCUUCUGGGAUGGACAAGAGAUGACCCAGCAAACUCCAAACUGUGAAGCUCUUGCUGGCAGAGCAUCCUUGUGCUUUGCUUUCUCCGACAGCGGGAUGAGAAGGUCUUUGACAGUGUUCAGGCACUUGAGGUUUCUGCUGGGGACUGGCAGUCCUAAGCCCCUCCUCUGCUUGCCAUAAGCAGAGAGGCAGGAGAAACAAGGGAAGCUUGUUAAUGUGUUUGAGUUAAUGUGAUUUGUAUCUUCUAACCACCAUGAAAGGCCUGAGGUCCUGUGCCCUGUCACUUGCUUAACAGCAUGGUGGAGGAGCCUGUGGUCAGCACAGGUAAGCUACAGGAAGCUUCUUCUUGAAUGUGGGUUGGGGGGCACUCCUGGGACUGCCCCAUUUGAACAGAGGCAGCCUGUCCACCAGCCUUGCCCUCUGCCUGGGGGCAUACACCACCAUUCCCCCAUCUCCCUGGGCUGCUCCCUGCCUGUGCCACAACCCCUGGCUGGAGAGGUACAAGGGCACCAGUGCAGGCUCCAGAGAGCAGCCACAAAAGGGGAAUGAAGCCACCCGUUGUAAGUGGGAGCCUGAAGCAAGGGCAGCUGUCGAGUCAGCCAGCGCACGCUGCUUCAGUCGACCUGUUUACUGCGUAAAUAUACGGGGAGAAAACCUUGUGUAUGGAAGCUACAGAAAAAGCCUAUUUUUGCUAUAAAUAUAUUAUGUUUGACAUGGAUGUGUGCUUUAUUUCUGCCAGAUGUUGGGAAGUAGAUCCAAACUUGCAUGGUUGCUGUGAAGGCAGGACAGCAAUGCCUGGCUGACCACAGCCCUGAGAUGGCCCAAGUGCCAGGAAACCAAACAUCAUGCACUGACAGCUCUGGUCCAUGGCCAGCAGCUGGUCCCUGAGGCUACACCUAUCCUGUUCAGCUCAGCUAUGUCCUCUUGCCAUGCUCAGAUAAGCAACUGCUGCAACAUUGCGUGUUUGAUAGGAAAAGAGGGAAGUUUUUCAAGGGGCUGUGGCGUUCCAGCAAGGAGGAGUGGCAUGUGUCAAAGGAAGGAGCUGGCUGGUACCUGGUCACAGGUGGCCAAGGUGUGGCUGCUGCUUCUG